AUGAGGAAUACAGCGCCGCCUGUGAGGCAACCGCCUGCUCCGAGCUACAACAUGCUCUUCGCGUUCUUCAAGCAGCAGGGCUACAACGACGAAUUGGCUGCGUCGGAGGCGAGAAGGAUGAUGAUUAGGCCACCCCCGCCUCCCGCCGGACCGAAGAUGCCGCCCCCAAUGCCGGGGCCAGUGGUCACGUACAAUCGAGCAAGCCUGCUGAGCGGCGUGAAGCUAACUCCGAAGAAUGCGUGGCGGAUACCUUUGUCGACGACUCCCGUGUCCACCCGUAAAUCUGCCGCGAGGAACGUCAUACCCAUCACCCUGAAGGUGUCUAGGAGCAACGAAGAGCCCAAGGCGCGCCCUGGGCCCUGGCCAUCGGAGCCUGUACAUGGAAGCACGGCGCCUACGGGUGUAACGAGCAGAGUCCCGCCUCAGUUUGGCAGCGACAUCGCCAUUGAUGUAGCCCCGGAGACGGGUGUAUCGCAGCCUAAAAAGCCAUACGGCCCCGACGUUCCCACGAUGGACGAUAUCAACAACUGGAUCCAGCGCAUGUACUCCCACCACGCCAUGGGCGCGUGCUCGAAAGGGUUCCGAGCCAAGAUCAGCGAGUUCGUGGAACGCGUUGUGCAGCGCCACAGAAACGGAUCGCUGACGACGAAGGAUCUGGUCAUCCCUAGCCCUUAUGAGAUAAUGGGCACUGUCGAGCCGGUGUCGCGGGCAGCUCCAAAUAGCGCCCCCAAUGCUGCAUCUGUGGCGCCACCCAAGCCGCCUCCGACGCGGGUGAGCAACGUGGCAGUUACGUCUCGCAGGCCGCUUCCUGCACCCCGUGCCAACGCCAAAUCGCAAGCGCCGUCAUUGGACGGCGAAGCCUUCGAGCUGCGUAAGAGGCAGCAGCGGUCGGAAAGGUUCAAGAGUCCGCCAGGAGGGGAGGGGGUCUACAACUUCAGGCCGCAGAAGGGCAGCGCUGUAGUGGGUGUCUGUGAGACCCUGGAGAAGCCUUAUUUGCGUCUGACUGCGGAGCCCAACCCGGCGGUGGUGAGGCCGGAGCGCGUGCUGCGGAAGGCCUUCAGACACGUGUUCGACACGUUCAUGCGCAGCUUCAACUACCGAUACAUCGAGGAGCAGUUUCGGUCGAUUCGCCAGGACGUGCAGGUGCAGCACCUCAGCGGCCCAUUCGUGGUGAAGCUGUAUGCGACCAACGCCCGUAUCGCCUUGGUGCACGGCGACUUGGACCAGUUCAACCAGUGCCAGACGCAGUUGAGGCACCUCCACCGACGAGUGGACGGUUUUCCCCAGUAUCAGGUUGGUUCCUUAGUCAGGGUAAUCCAAGGGCGAUGCCAGAUGGAGUUCGACUGCUACUUCCUGCUGUACCUCUCGAUGCAGAACAUGCACAUGGACGUCCUGCGAUACUUGCGUGACGCCUUGGAUUCCGAUUUCCGGGCUAGUGCGUAUUUCCGUUACGCCGACGCGAUCAGGACCUUCCUGUCCGAGGGCAACUUUGUGGAGUACUUCAGAGUUGCCGACACCAGCGGCAUCGACAAGGACGCCUGCAUUCGCGCAAUCUACGCUGAGGCCUUUGCCACGGAGGACUUCACCGAGGGCCCGUCAGCCGCCUCCAUGGACCAUUCGGCCACGGUGGGCCCGAUCACAACGCCGCCAUUUUACGCGAAAUUGCUGUUCAAGAUGUUCGAGCCGCGCUUCCGCAUGAACGCGCUGGUUGCGAUGGCGAGCACUGCAAUGUCGCUGUCCGUGGACACCGUCAUGGAGACGUUACGCUUUGGGUCGGCGGAGGACUGCAUCGCUUUCAUAAGGGAGAACGGAGGCACGAUGAACCAGGCGGGGCUGGUGGACUGCAGGGGGUCGCUGGAGGGGUUCCUGUCCUCCCCGCUACUGCGCAACAAAAAGCUAUAA